GAUUAAUAAUUUUUUAAUUACAAAUUUCUAAUCUAAUAUCUAUACAUUGAGAAAGUUAGAUAAAAGAGAAUAUAAAGGAGAUAUGUUUUAUUAAUAUUAUCACAGACAUUAAUAAUAAUCUACGCAACACAAUGGUUCACCUCACGUUAUUUACCAUUCUGUCGAUCGCCAUGCCUCUGAUCGCGCCAGCAAUACUUCCGAAAGCAAUUCCUAUGGGGGCGUUACUGCAAAACAUAUUAAACCCGGCGAAUUCUGAAAGGGCGAAGCAAAUAUUACAGUUAACAGGAGCUGUCAACAAAGUUCCCACGAGUCCAGUAAUGAAUCUACUCCAAGAAGUAUCAGCUCCGAGGACAAAACAAUUACUAAUGCAAGAUGUACAACGACCAGUUGCAGCACAGCAAGAAAUCAUUCCCUUCACUCCAUGCGCUGCCCGACCAGUCAUCCAGGAUAGAUUAGUGUACCCCUAUUCGACCCCUGUACCCCUAGUGAACCCUUUUUUGCCAGCGGCGUCCCCCGUGUCCGCCAUUGCGCCCCCUACAUCCACUUUAUUGCCUCCAGUGGACCCAACUCAAGUCAGAAGCCAUUUUCUAAGGAAAAUACCGAUUCCACCACCCUCUUUGUAGUUUUAUGAGUAAAUAAAUUAGAUAUUGUUUAUUUAUUUAUGUUUUGAGGAUGGAUAAAUAAAGUGUUUGUUUAA